GUGCGGUGCGGUUUCCCGUGUGCGGGCGGCGGGAGGCGGGCGACGGGGCUUAGGGCCGCGGGGAACAGAGACUUCCUCCACACAUUCGAACCCGGGCCCUGUUCCCCGCGGUUGGAGCCGCCUCUUGCCGGGAGAGGCGAGGUUUCCUGACUAACGAGACGGUGGGGCCUGGUGGACGAGGCUGUGAGGGGGUGCGGUGCGCUUCAGGAGCUGGUCGAAGACAGCACACGGUGUAGACCAGGCCGGGCCUCGAACCCUCAGCGGUUGCCUGCCUCCGCCUCCCGAGGCUGAGGAGGGGUUCGAGGCGUGUGCCACACUCGGCCUCCUUUUAACUACUCUCCGCGGGAAGGUGUUAGCGCGCCCCCCAUUGCGGCCCCGAGGGUCCUGACCCCGGGGCCUCCCUGCUAGCGCGUCCCUUUUGAGCUUCCCCACCCCGCCUCUCAGAGCUGGCUGCGCUCGCAGGUGGCCGCGCCUCCCGUGGAGUUAAAGGACCAGGAGCCGCCGGCGAUUGUGGAGAGCGGAGAGCAUCGGCAGAGUGAGAACCACGAGGAGACGCCCGGCUCAGUGGCCCCGAGUGCCAGUUGCCAGCUGCCAGGACCCUUCUCCUCUCUGGACUCUAGCAUUGAAACCCUGAAGAAGAAAGCCCAGGAACUGAUUGAAAACAUCAAUGAAAGCAGGCAGAAGGACCAUGCACUUAUGACCAACUUCAGGGACAGCCUCAAGAUGAAGGUCUCAGAUCUGACAGAAAAGUUGGAGGAGAGGAUGUACCAGGUGUACAGCCACCACAGCAAAAUCAUUCAGGAAAGACUACAAGAAUUUACCCAGAAGAUGGCAAAGAUCAACCAUCUGGAAAUGGAGCUUAAACAAGUCUGCCAAACUGUGGAAACGGUGUACAAGGACCUAUGUGUCCAGUCUGAGGUUCCCACUUGCGAAGAACAGAAUUACAAAGAUGGUGAAUGCUGACUUCUGCUAAGAGGCUUCCAUCUCAAUGUGAGAAGGCACAGAGGCUGCUGUUUGAGGCAUGCUGAUAUUGUUUUUUAUAGUUCUGUAACCCAACACAAAGCCACCAAUGCUCUUUGUGCUAAUUACCGUAGUGUGACAAGGUUUGACCCUGCCAUAAGCCUUGCCUUAGCAAAUUCUCCCAACCCACAUCUGUAGUUGAUUAAAUGUUUUGAUUUCACCCUGGUCAUACUUUAUUCCAGAAUUGGAAAGACUGAUGAUCAUCUAUGC